UUUUGGAUAGGCUCCCCGCUCAUCUGAUGUGUUUCCGGUAAGAGUGGGUGUCUGUGAUGGUUUGUGCACAAAGAAAGAGGUGUCAAACUGCGGACGGGCAACGCGGAGGGUCUGGUAUGUGCUGUCAAGCCCUUGAAAACCGAGGCAUAGUGACGGCACGCAAGUGUACAAUGUACUCUGUGUCGGGGGUAAUUUGCGCGCUGUCAAGGAUACCUAGAUAACGCUUUCCGUCUUUCAUAUUUGAAAGGGAAUAGGAUUCACCCCAACCAGUGGAAUUUCAAAGCGCAGGCUGAAAUGGAUGAACAGAGCGAGGAUGAGAGCAGUUAUCCAGCUCUGCUGCAGGCUGAAGAACACACAAACAGGACCACCAACUUUUUCAUCGACAACAUCCUCCGACCGGACUUUGGCUUCAGAAGGGCACAGAAUCCAGGCGCGCGCGCGUCAGAGAAAGGGGUACUAACUCUCCCCAGUACUCCCUGUCCCGAUUCUAACUGUAGCACUGACAGCGUUUUAUCUUCAGCCUCCUCCACUGUUUCCUCCCCUGUCAGCAAGAGACAUUCAACGGUAGACGAAGUCAGUAAAUCCCAAACACAUAAGUUUGUCUCAGCGUCAUCCGUUGCUUCGGAUGGCUCUGGUGAAACAUCCGCGCCCGGAAAGGACGAUCAGCAGCUUCUUUGGCCAGCGUGGGUUUAUUGCACGAGAUACUCUGAUCGACCGUCAUCUGGCCCAAGGACCCGGAAAUUGAAAAAGGAGAAAAACGACAGUGAGGAUAAACGACCCAGAACGGCAUUUACAGCUGAGCAGCUCCAGAGACUAAAGACUGAGUUUCAGGCCAGCCGGUAUAUCACGGAGCAGCGGCGACAGGUGCUCGCGCAGGAGCUCAAAUUGAACGAGUCGCAAAUUAAAAUCUGGUUCCAGAACAAACGAGCUAAAAUCAAGAAAGCCAGCGGGUAUAAGAAUGGCCUGGCGCUACAGCUGAUGGCACAGGGUCUGUACAACCAUUCCACCACCACCAGCAGCAUUCAAGAGGAGGACAACUGAACUGACACUAGCACAAAGGUCAAUUAAAUGAUCCAGACUUUAUACCACGAAGAGAUUGUUGAAAGAGUUGGUAAAAGCUUUAAUUAAUUAACGGCUACAAACUUUUUGAAGAUGGUCCAGUUAAAUCUGUUUUUUUUUAUUUGGGUAUUAUUACGUGCAUGACCCCAUCAGUUUAUUUUCUGGAGUCUUGUUUGUAUGCAAAUUUAAGGGAAGAUUGCUCGCGCCAAAGAUGUUCGAUAAAUGUUUACAGCUUACAAAACAUGUCCAGUCUGAAUAUGUUUUUGCAUUAUUUUGACUAUAAUAAUUUUUUAUUUUACUGAUUCGAUUUAAGGGAUAAGGGAGCAUAAAUACACGAUAUCAAAUAUUAUUAUUUACUAAAUAUUUAAUAAUGCAUCCAAAUAAACAAUUU